AUGCCUGCACAGAUCCAAGCUCCAGUCCCUAAGCCUGACAACCGCCUUGCGCGGUACAGGGCUCUCGCUCCCUCUGCAUCGGUCCAUGUUUCACCCCUGCAGCUCGGUGCGAUGAGCAUCGGCGACAAGUGGGCUGACUUCGGCUUCGGCAGCAUGGACAAGGAGUCGUCCUUCAGGCUUCUCGACGCGUUCUACAACGCCGGCGCGACGAAGUAUUCGACCAACUACUUUGACGGCGACACAUCUGUCAAGCAGCAGCAGCUAUUCGCUGGUAACAACUUCAAGUCCCUUUACUUGAGCGUAGAGGCCAGCUUGAAGAAGUUGAGGACGUCGUACAUCGAUAUCAUCUAUCUUCACUGGUGGGACUAUGAAACCUCAAUCGAGGAAGUAAUGAAUGGCCUGCAUAGUCUUGUACAGCAGCACAAGGUACUUUACCUGGGUAUCUCUGAUACGCCAGCCUGGGUUGUCGCCAGAGCGAACCAAUGGGCUCGAGACCAUGGCAAGACCCAGUUCGUCAUCUACCAAGGUGCAUGGAGUGUCAUGCAACGCGACUUUGAGCGCGAGAUUGUGGGCAUGGCCAGGGCGGAGGGCAUGGCUUUGGCGCCUUGGAACGUACUAGCUGGUGGGAAGCUGCGCACUGACGCAGAGGAGGAGCGCCGCCGAAAAACCGGCGAAAAGGGCAGGGAUCCUUUUGGCAUCGGAUGGGAGCGUACAGAGACGGAGAAGAAAAUGAGCGCUGCUCUGGAAAAGAUCGCCAAGGAAGUUGGAGCGAAACACAUCACCUCCGUUGCCAUCGCAUACUUGCUGCACAAGACGACAUACGUUUUCCCCAUUAUUGGUGGCCGUAAGAUCGAGCAUAUGGAGGCCAACAUCGAGAGCCUGUCUAUCCGUCUUACCCCCGAACACAUGAAGGAGUUAGAGAACGCCGUUCCGUUCAACGUCGGGUUCCCUUACGAUUUCUUCGGUAAUGGUUCCGAGCAUAACUUCAUCAUGAAGGCUGCGGGGUGGAUGGAAAAGCAGCCCGUUGCUCCUCCCAUAACCCCGGAGCUGGACUAAGCUGCGUCGAUGCUACAGAUGAAGUCUUUGGUCACAUUUGAAUGGAAGGCGCUUAGCUUCUUGUGUAGUGACUAUCCGCCAAUUAUUAGGUGGUUGCAAACAAGUUGGUAAGAAAGUUCAAAAGGGAGCGCGGUGGCGUGGGAAAGUCCAGUUCAAACAUGUUCAUUCUUCGCUUCUUUCCGAGGUAUUAUUUACCCUUGUUGUUCGAAUGGACUCUCGGUGAGCCCAUAAGAGUCCACAAGACGAAGGC